GGUGAUAAAUGUUCACCAUGUUCGAGGAGGCGAGCGAGGUGUUUGAGAACAUGCUGAAAGCUUCGUUUCCUCUCACGUUUAUCGUCUUUUUACCGGCGGUGUUGAUCCUGGUGUCUCCGCUCCCGGCUGACGCGGCUCAUGAGUUCACCGUGUACCGCAUGCAGCAGUACGACCUGCAGGGUCACAACUACGGCUCAAGAAAUGCCAUCUUGAACACGGAGGCUCGUACGGCGGAGGCGGAGGUGCUAAGCCGUCGCUGUGUGAUGAUGCGACUGGUGGAUUUCUCCUACGAGAAAUAUCAGCAGGCUCUCCGACAGUCCGCCGGAGCCGUGGUCAUCAUCCUGCCCAAGAACAUGUCCACUCUGCCGCAGGACAUCGUCCAGCAGUUUAUGGAGCUGGAGCCGGAGCUUCUGGCCACGGAGACCAUCGUCCCGGUGUACUUCGCCCUGGAGGACGAUGAGCUGCUGAACAUUUACACCCAGACGCAGGUCUCCUCUUCCUCCCAGGGUUCUUCGUCUGCAGCAGAAGUGCUGCUGCACUCCGCCACUGCCAACGGCUUUCAGAUGGUGACGAGUGGAGCUCAGAGUAAAGCAGUGAGUGACUGGGCCAUUACCAGCCUUGAGGGAAAAUUAGCAGGAUCAGGAGCUGAGGAACUGCCGACCAUCGUACUGGUGGCUCACUAUGAUUCGUUUGGCGUGGCUCCGUGGCUGUCGCACGGGGCCGAUUCCAACGGCAGUGGUGUUGCGGUGCUUCUGGAACUCGCUCGCCUUUUCUCCAGGCUGUACUCCCACAAAAGGACUCACGCUGGGUAUAACCUGCUGUUUUUCCUGUCUGGAGGAGGAAAGUUUAACUAUCAGGGUACCAAACGCUGGCUGGAGGACAAUCUGGACCACACAGAGUCCAGUCUCCUGCAGGACAACGUGGCGUUUGUUCUGUGUUUGGACACAUUAGGGAACGGGGACAAUCUUCACCUGCACGUGUCUAAACCUCCUAAAGAGGGAACCCCUCAGCACACCCUCCUCAAAGAGCUGCAAACGGUCGUUUCUGAGCAGUACCCCGAACUAAAGUUCUCCAUGGUGCAUAAGAAGAUCAACCUGGCGGACGACACCCUGGCGUGGGAGCACGAGCGCUUCGGGAUCCGUCGCCUCCCGUCUUUCACGCUCUCGCACCUGGAGAGCCACCGCAGCACGGCGCGCAACUCCAUCAUGGACAUUCGGUCACACGUGGAUCUGCCCAAGCUCAGUAGGAACACAAAACUCAUAGCAGAAGCUCUAGCCAGGGUAAUCUACAACCUGACUGAAAAGGGCACAAAUGGAGAUCUGGAGAUCUUCACCGAGCAGAUGCAGGUACAGGAGGCGCAGCUGCUCUCUCUGGUGGACUGGUUGAGCUCUCAGCCCCGAGCUGCUCAGCUGGUGGAUAAGGACAGCAAUGUGGUCAGCACGCUGGAGUAUUACCUCGGCCGCUACCUCAAAGACGUCAAGAGGCAUUUCGUCAGAGCCGACAAGAGGGAUCCAGAGUUCGUCUUCUAUGAUCAGCUCAAACAGACCAUGAACGCUUACAGAGUAAAACCGGCGAUCUUCGACCUGCUGCUGGCGCUGUGUAUCGCCGCGUAUUUGGGAGUGUUGUACCUGGCUGUUCAGAAUUUCGGGCUGUUGUAUCUCGUCCUGCGUCGGGUCACGGCACCGAGAGUCAAGCAGCACUAAGCGGCUCCAGCUCUUCUCCUCCCUGCAAUAUGAGAGACUCGUGCAGUCGUACCACAGAGCCAAGAGUGUGUUCACCUUUCCUCUCUUUCAUCACCUGUUCUUUUGUUCUUUUGUUGUUGUUGUUUUUUGCCGUGUGUGUCUUUUCCCGCUCCUCCGCGGGCCGGGAGCCGCCUUUUUGAGUCUUCCUUUCUUCCUAACACUGCCUCGACCCCUCGUCCCCCGGUGUGAUCGACCUCUGCCAGCGCCGUGGUCCGUCGUCUUCUCGGCAGCUACAGUCAAAGCGGGCCAAAACGCAGCGCGAGUGUUAGCAUACGUGAGAGAGCUCAUCAGCCAUCCUGUGUAAUUUGCAUACAAAAGGUACCGCGAGUGUGUUCAACCCUCUCAAACAACAACUAGAGUUUUAUUGAUCAGCCAAUCACAGACCUCAUCGUCAUUAUUGUCUUUAUUUACUUAAAUUCCACAAUAUUGGGAUCUUUAGCAUCUACACAGACACCUUUUAUUAUCACUAGCUUACAUUGGCCAGACUGGACAGGACACAAGAGUAAAUUAAACUACUUUAACUUACUAACGACGUAGACUAACCAUACGCUGUUACACAUCUACUAGCUAUUAGUGACAGUGUUAGUGUCAUAUAGCUCAGUGGUUAAGGUACUGGGCCCCUGAGCAAGGCCCCUAACCUUCACUUGCUCUGAUUAUUCACACUUACAAUUGCAAAAUGGCUUUAAUUUAUGUUUCGGUAUUUAUCGGAAGCGACUUACAGUAGUGGGACAGUACACAGGCUAAGCAAUUGAGGGUUAAGGGCCUUGUUCAAGGGCCCAACAGUGGCAACCUGGCAGUGGUGGGGCUUUAACCAGUGACCUUGAGUGCUAGUCCAGUAGCUUAACCGCUAGGGGGGUCCAGGACCAUUAUAAUAUGAAUUUAUGUGGGUGCAGCAAGUGGUGUUGGUUUCAGGUCCUUCGUUUGCAGUCACUGCCUCUGUAAGGCUAAUCCAGUUCCUCUUCCCCAAACCAGUAGGUGGAUUGGCUGCUGUAUAUUUUCCCCUAUGCAUCACUACAAACAGACUAGCACUAGUUGCAUGGAUGGGGUGGGUUUUGGAUCCAGUGUGGGUGGGUGAAACCAGUAAUGCUGUUCCAGCUGUUGUGAUGUCAUGAGUGCAAGUCUGUGAUUGGCUGAUCAGUCCGAAUAUUCAGUUAUAUGACGUUACACUUCUUGGUGUUUAAUUUUCAUUACGAUUCAAGAUCCAGAGUAUUACUGUUAUUAUUUCUUCACUAGGUUUUGUAGUUAUUGUCACGUUUGAUCAGAAUCAGACACUAUAUACCUCGUCCUUGCUUUCCCUCGUACCCUGUCGGUUACCGGGCGAGAGUCUGUGGUUCAGGUCCUUCUGCUGUAAUUUAUGGAAGCGGUUGAUGCUUCAACUUGCACUGAUUUUAAACCUGUUUCCUUUUUUUCCUAACGUUUUAUCACAGUGUGUGUGUGUGUGAGCCUGUGUAUUAAUACUAAAACUAAAAAAUGAAUAAAUAAAACCUGAAAACACAAAUUGAGAAAUAAAGAACGUCGUUGAAAUCA